AUGAGAGGAGUUAAGAUACUUGAUCUCUCUCAUAAUAAUUUAUCAGGUGAAGUAUCAGUGAUUGGAGUGUUUGCUAAUGCAAGUGCAUUCUCUGUUUUGGGGAAUACCAGACUUUGUGGUGGCAUGGCUGAACUUGGGUUACCUAAAUGCACGGAGACGAGAAAACAUAAAAAAGAGCCAACCAUCUUUAUCAUCGAGGGACGGACGGUUCAUGAAAGUACCAUACAGUCAACUUCUCAAGGCUACAAAGGAGUCAUUGAUCAUGAUGAUAGAUUUGUUGCAUUCAAAGUUCUUCAUCAUCAAAACCGAGGAAAUGACUUCAAAGCUUUGUUAUACGAGAUCAUGCCCAAAGGGAUAUUAAAUGAUUGGUUGCAUUUAAGUACGCGUACAUCCAUUCUAAAUCUUCAUCAAAAAAUAAGAAUCAUCCUUGAUAUCGCUUCUGCCCUUGAUUCUCUUCACAAUCAUUGCCUACCAACCAUCGUUCCUUGUGACCUGAAGCCUAGCAACAUUAUGUUGGAUGGUGAUAUGUUGGACCAUGUGGGAAACUUCGAUUCAACUCAAUUUCUUGGAAAAAAUUCAAACCAACACAUGACAAGUGGCAGUAGAGGAACAAUUAGGUAUGCACCUCCAGAGUAUGGUGUUGGGAGUGUGAUAACAAGUAGUGGGGAUAUCUACAGUUUUGGAAUACUGUUGUUCGAGGUGAUGACAGGAAAAGGCCAACAAAUGACAUCUUUAACAAAGGCCUUAGCUUACACAAAUUUGCAUACAUGGCCUUGCCAGACCAUGUAA